GACUGCAAAAUGUUCGGCCUCCGAAACUCGGCUCACACAAUGAUUCAAACCCCAUGGAGCAAUUUCAUUGCACAACCUCAACAAGAAACAAUGGGGACUGCCAAGUGCGAAAUUGGCUCUUCGGUCGCUCUCCGUUCCACCCCGGUCCCGUUAUCUGUUGCGAUUUAGGGUUUAGGAUUUAAAUGUGCUGGGGAUCGGUGGGGACGCCAUAGGUUUUCGCGAUGAGGAUCAUCCACAUAAAAAGCCGGAAUUUCCCUGGCAACUAUUAAGAGCCUUUUUUCAUAUAUAUCUAUACAUAUAUAUUGACGUGACCGGUAGCUGUCUUCACUCGAACACCGCUAAUUUCCCUUGUUUCCACCUACUCGAUCCACCAGAGUAACUAAGUCAGUGGCCACCCUUUUAAACCUUUAGAUUUCCUGUAAGUUUUUGGUCUCAUAUAUAUGUUCAGGAAACUCGUAUUCACAGUUACCAAAAAGGAUUGCGAUCAACCCCAACAACACCUUAAAGAUGGCUCUGAACUCGUUCAUCCAGCUCCUGAAGAUAUAUCAUUUUCACAUGACUUGUCUGCCCUUGACGGAGUUCUUCUUUCUCCACAAGAAUCAGGAUCCGAUGACUUCGGCAAUGAUA